CCUCCGCCUCACGCAAAAAAAAAUCUCUCAGGCGAGUUGGGGGUGGGUGGGCCCCACAUAGAAACCGCGGGUGGGCCCCACGCAGAGACCGGGGCCCUUCUCUCACGGAAGCCGCGGCCCGCGGGUGCCUAGCCCAACCCCCGGCUUCUCCCGCCUCCUCUCCUCUCCUCUCCUCUGCGCGCGCGCCACCUGCUCGACGGAUUGCCCCGCCGGGGAGACAUGCAGCCGCCGCCGCCGCCGCCCCAUCCCGCCGCGCUGCUGCCGCUGCCGCUGCCGCUGCCGUUCUGCCUCCCCGCCGCGCCGCGGGUGCGGGGGCGCGGCGGCACGGCCGUGGCGGCGCUCGGGGCGCUCUGGCCGCCGCGGCUCGUCGCCGUCGAGAGCAGGCCGCCGCCGCCGUCCAGCCCGGCCUCAGCGUCGGCCCCGCCGCCGCUCCCGGAGAGCGCCGCCGCAGGAUUGGAUGCGGGGAUUGGGGGAGGCGGUGGUGGAGAUGGAGGCGGCGGUGCUGAUCUCGGGUGGCUGCGGGUGUUCCCGCACGUGCUCACGGCGUCCAUGGCCAACUUCCUCUUCGGCUACCACAUCGGGGUCAUGAAUGGUCCAAUAGAGGAUAUAGCACGGGAGCUUGGUUUUCAGGGGAAUCCAUUUCUCCAAGGUCUUGUGGUCAGCAUAUUCAUUGUUGGAGCAUUUUUCGGAAGCUUAGGCUCAUCUGCACUAGUCGACAAUUUUGGAUGUAAAAGGACUCUUCAAAUUGAUAGCAUUCCGCUGAUUCUUGGUGCACUUCUCAGUGCACAGGCAGAUUCGUUGGAUGAGAUGCUCUUGGGAAGAUUCCUUGUUGGCAUUGGAAUUGGCAUAAAUACAGUGCUCGUUCCACUAUAUGUCUCCGAGGUUGCUCCAACAAAAUACAGGGGUUCUUUGGGGACUCUAUGUCAGAUCGGAACAUGUUUGGGAAUAAUCGCUGCAUUCUCAUUGGGAAUACCAUCUGAAAGUGACCCACAUUGGUGGCGGACAAUGCUUUAUGCUGCAUGUGUACCUGGUGUUCUUAUUGUUGCUGGAAUGCAAUUUGCUGUUGAGAGUCCCCGCUGGCUUGCCAAGGUUGGAAGAAUAGAUGAUGCCAGAAAUGUUGUAGAACAUGUUUGGGGACCUUCUGAAGUUGAGAAGUCCAUGGAAGAGAUCCAAUCUGUUGUUGCAAAUGAUGAUUCGCAGGCUAGCUGGUCAGAACUUCUGGAAGAACCCCACAAUAGAGUUGCACUGAUUGGAGGGUCCCUUUUCUUUCUGCAACAGUUUGCUGGCAUAAAUGGCGUUCUGUACUUCUCAUCAUUAACAUUCCGUGAUGUUGGUAUUACCAGUGGUAUCUUGGCAAGCCUAUAUGUUGGAAUAACUAAUUUUGCAGGGGCAAUUGUUGCUUCAAUUUUGAUGGAUAAGCAAGGUCGAAAGAAACUCUUGACAGGAAGCUAUCUUGGAAUGGCACUUGCAAUGUUCCUAAUAGUAUAUGCCAUUAGCUUCCCCCUUGAUGAAGGAGUUAGCCAUGGCCUGUCAAUUACUGGAACUCUGUUGUACAUAUUUACAUUCGCCAUUGGAGCCGGACCAGUUACAGGAAUCAUCAUACCAGAGCUGAGUGGUGCUCGGACACGCUCGAAAGUUAUGGGCUUCAGCUUCACUGUACAUUGGAUAUGCAAUUUUCUGGUGGGACUGUAUUUCCUGGAGCUUGCGAAGAAGUUAGGCGUUGGAGCCGUCUAUGCAGGUUUUGGUGGAGUAUCCUUGUUGUCAGCACUUUUCGCCUACAAUUUCAUUGUCGAGACGAAAGGACGUUCUCUUGAGGAAAUCGAAAUGUCUCUGAGCCCUGCUGCCCCUGGCAAGCGAGAGUGAGACACAUUCUUUCAUUCACUUACGCAGAUGGACCAAGCAUUCAACUGCUCCAAGGAGUUUUUGAUCCAUGGGGUACUGGAAUUCCAGAUUGUUGUUCUAAUGAUCCAACCUGCUUGUCAGUGCAUAUAGUGGUUAUGUAGAAGCAGUAGCCAUCCAGCAGAUCCAUGUUGUCACCUUACUUGUGUAGUUAUAUAACCAUGUAUAUAAUGGAUCACAUUACUGAAGAACACACACCUCAGGUUGUUAAUAGGGCAAGCAGUUGAAGUAACCAUGCAAAUAAAGAGUAGAGAAUUGCCAUUGUUUUAUGCCUUUC